AUGGUAAACACACGAAAUAUAUUAUUAAUUGGUAGAACUGGAAACGGAAAAUCCACCCUUGCUAAUGUAAUAAGCGGAACUAAAAAAUUUAGGGAGCGUGCUGACAGCGUAAGCGAGACUCGCCGAAUUGAAGUGGCAGAAUUUGAAGAAAAUAUAACCCGAGAUGGCAGUGAGAAAAUAAGAUAUCGAGUAAUUGACACAGUAGGAAUAGGAGAUACUCGGCUAACUCCGCGGGCGGUUCUUGGAACAAUUCAAGAAGCCAAGGAAUAUUUGGAACAAGGCUUAAGUCAGAUUUUAUUCAUAACUAAUGGAAGAUUUACAGAGGAGGAAAGAAUUGCUUAUAAAUUGCUAAGGACAGUUAUUUUUGAUAAUGAAGUAUCGAGAUACACAACUAUCAUACGAACUAAUUUUCCUGGAUUUGAAAAUGAAGAAGAUUGCAGGAGAGACACUCAAGCACUAAAAAAUGAGAAUAGAGAAUUGCUAGAUAUAGUUAACUCAGCGAAAAUUAUUUAUGUUGAUAACCCGCCAAUAACUAGUGGUAAUGCUCGUCGAAAUGCGGUAAAUGAAGAAACCAGAGCAGUUUCAAGAGAAAUAUUAUUAACUCUGCUAGGAACUUUUAGGGGAAAUUAUCGACCAGAAAAUCUCAUCCAAAUGAAUGAACGAAUUAACAAUUACAAGACUGAAAAGGAAAAAUUAGAAGAAGAGUUGAAAGAAAAGGAUAAAAUGAUGAAAGAACAAGGAGAAAAACUUCAAGAGCAAAUAAAUAACCUUAGCAACCAACAAACCGCAAAGAUGAAAGAAAUUAGUGAUGAGUGCGAUAAGAAAAUACGGGAAGCCAAGGAGGAGGCCGAUAAAAGGAUAAGAGAAGCCCAAAAUCAAGGUAAUUUAAGUGAAAAAUUGUUAGAAAUGAUAGAAAAGAAUCGAGCCGAUGCGGAAGAAAAGAUGCUCAGAUUUUUUGUUUUGAUGAAGCCGAUAAUGCGUUAG